CACAGAGUGAGCGGCGCCCGGCCGGCCCGCCAGCCCGACUGUUCCCCGGCCGCCGUCCGGGCGCGCGCAGGAGCGGGCGCGACUAUGCCAAGAUGGUCCUACAGGCGCGGAACAAGCACCGGGAGGCGGCUCCCAGGGCGCCCCAGCCGCCCCGCGCCUCGCAGUCGCCGCUGAGGGGAGCCCCGGACCUCGGCGCCGGGGAACCCGGGCCCGAGCGCGCGCCCCCGUCCCCCGCGCGCAAGGGCGCCGCGGGCAGGAAGGGGCCCCGCACCGAGCCCGCCGCGCCGCCCGCCGGGGGCGGCCUCCGGGGGCGCUUGGCGGCCGGACUGCGCGGGGCGCUGGGCCUGCGGCGCGCGGGGCGCGGCCGGACGUGGACCACGCUCCUGCUAGCCGCCUUUGCAGCAGUGUUGCACUGGAGCCAUAUAACACACCUGUUUGAAAAUGAUCGCCAUUUCUCUCACCUCUCAACGUUGGAAAGGGAGAUGGCUUUUCGCACUGAAAUGGGAUUAUAUUAUUCUUACUUCAAGACCAUUGUGGAAGCACCCUCAUUCUUCAGUGGAGUCUGGAUGAUUAUGAAUGAUAAACUGACUGAAUACCCUCUUGUCAUUAAUACAUUGAAAAGGUUCAAUCUUUACCCUGAGGUAAUCUUGGCCAGUUGGUAUCGGAUUUAUACCAAAAUAAUGGACAUGAUUGGCAUUCAAACCAAGAUAUGUUGGACAGUUACCAGAGGAGAAGGGCUCAGUCCUAUUGAAAGCUGUGAAGGGUUGGGAGAUCCUGCUUGCUUUUAUGUUGCUGUAAUUUUUAUUUUAAAUGGAUUGAUGAUGGCAUUGUUCUUCAUAUAUGGCACAUAUUUAAGUGGCAGUCGACUAGGAGGCCUGGUCACUGUGCUGUGCUUCUUUUUCAAUCAUGGAGAGUGUACCCGUGUGAUGUGGACCCCGCCUCUCCGUGAAAGCUUCUCCUAUCCAUUCCUUGUGCUGCAGAUGUUGCUCGUGACUCAUAUUCUCAGGGCUACGAAACUUUACAGAGGAAGCUUGAUUGCACUCUGCAUUUCCAAUGUAUUUUUCAUGCUUCCAUGGCAGUUUGCACAGUUUGUACUUCUUACUCAGAUUGCAUCAUUAUUUGCAGUAUAUGUUGUGGGGUACAUUGAUAUAUGUAAACUGCAGAAGAUCAUUUAUAUACACAUGAUUUCUCUCGCACUUUGUUUUGUUUUGAUGUUUGGGAACUCGAUGUUAUUAACAUCUUACUAUGCUUCCUCUUUGAUAGUCAUUUGGGGCUUGCUAGCAAUGAAGCCACAUUUUCUGAAAAUAAAUGUAUCCGAACUUAGUUUAUGGGUUAUCCAAGGCUCUUUUUGGUUAUUUGGAACUGUAAUUCUGAAGUUUUUGACUUCCAAAAUCUUUGGUAUUGCAGAUGAUGCUCACAUUGGCAAUUUAUUAACAUCAAAAUUCUUCAGCUACAAGGAUUUUGAUACUUUAUUGUAUACCUGUGCAGCGGAAUUUGACUUUAUGGAAAAGGAGACUCCACUGAGAUAUACAAAGACGUUGUUGCUUCCCGUUGUUCUUGUAGUGUUUAUUGCAAUUGUUAGAAAGAUUAUUAGUGACAUGUGGUAUGUCUUAACUAAACAGCAGACACAUAUAAGAAAACACCACUUUGAUCAUGGAGAGCUGGUUUAUCAUGCACUGCAACUGUUGGCAUAUACAGCCCUCGGCAUUUUAAUUAUGAGACUAAAGCUCUUCUUGACCCCACACAUGUGUGUCAUGGCUUCCUUGCUCUGCUCAAGACAGCUGUUCGGUUGGCUGUUUUGCAAAAUACAUCCUGGUGCUGUUGUUUUUGCUGUAUUAGCAGCAAUGUCCAUACAAGGUUCUGCAAAUCUACAGACCCAGUGGAACAUUGUAGGGGAAUUCAGCAAUUUACCUCAAGAAGAACUUAUAGAAUGGAUCAAAUAUAGUACUAAACCAGAUGCAGUGUUUGCGGGUGCCAUGCCCACCAUGGCCAGCGUUAAACUCUCUGCACUUCGGCCAGUCGUGAACCACCCACACUAUGAAGAUGCAGGUUUGAGAGCUAGAACAAAAAUAGUAUAUUCAAUGUAUAGUCGAAAAGCAGCUGAAGAGGUGAAGCGAGAGUUGAUAAAGCUGAAAGUGAAUUAUUACAUCCUAGAAGAGUCAUGGUGUGUAAGAAGAUCCAAGCCUGGUUGUAGCAUGCCUGAAAUUUGGGAUGUGGAAGAUCCUGCUAAUGCGGGGAAAACACCCUUGUGCCACCUCUUGGUGAAGGAGUCCAAGCCGCACUUCACCACCGUGUUCCAGAACAGUGUUUACAAAGUACUCGAAGUGAUCAAACAGUGACUGCUAGAGGAGCUGCUGCCUGCAGACAGCCACAUCAGUAACAGUUUUCAUGUUUUGCUAAUAAGUCAUGUGUUGUUUUUAAUUCAGAUCCUAAACUUUUAUAAGUAACUGUUUUCAAAUAGAAAACGUUUUAUUUGGUUAAUUUGAAUUAUACUGUGACUGUAAAGCAACUUAUACCUUUAUCAGUUGGUUACUAUUUCAAUGCAUCCCUUGAAAUUUGCUAUGCAAAUGAGUAACUGCUUGUAUUUAAUAUUUGUGCUGAAGUGAGCAAAGCUACCUGUAUAAAACAUUUGGAUGGAUCAUGAGAAGGAGGAUGCAAACAGUCAAUUCUGGUAGGGACUCUCUAAGGGACGAUGAAUGUCCUAACUUUUUUUUCCUUUUGCCUCAUUCUCUUGUCUUUAGGGAAUUUUGUUGAUUCUCCUAAGCUCCUGAGACCCCACCAGCCCCUGCUGCCAGCCCAGUGUUGAUCGGUGGGGCAGGCGUGGGGCUUGGCAGGGUGCAGUUGAGUGUUUCGUCUGCUUCCUCCCGUCGUCUGCUGCACUGGUGACGGAAGCCUCUCCAACCCGUCACUUAACUCCGGUUUUUGUUCUUAGUGCUUAGGACCAAAUGUCCUUCAGUUCCUCUGACUUCUAACCCUGCUGCAUAAUUUGUGAAACUCCUGCCUCUCCAACCUUCCCUGCCAUUUUUGUCAAAUAAGUGCUAUUUACUUCUUGAGUUGCUUAUCUAGUACUUACUCUUGGCUAAAAAAAAGAAAAAAAGAAAAAACCAAUAAUGGUAGCUGUAUUUUCUCAUUUUUAAUAUUAUUCAAAUGUUUAUAUUUUAAUACCUUUAAACCACUUUCAAAUUUUUUUAUGUUUAAUUGUAGUUUUAAGAAAAACUAUUUUGAACAACCCCAAAUAUAAUGUAUGUAGAAACUAAUGUAUAUUUGACUAGGCAUAAUUUACAGUGGAGUAUUAGCUUGCAGUAUAUGGCAAUUUUUCUUUUACUAUUCAGAUAUAAUUAAAAUGUGACUAAUUUUUGAGUCAAAAAGUAAAUAAAUAUGAUAAAUGAGUUUUUAUAUUUUACUUUUAAGAUUACCUGUCUUAAAUAAGACAAAGCCUUAAGCCUUAUGUUAUAAUUUUGGUUCUAAAAACCAUUAUCUUAGUAUGAGGAAUGUGUAUAUUGAGUCUUCCUCUUCUUUUUCUUCCUAUUUAUUUUCAAAAUAUUCCAAACUUUGAAUUCUUGUAUGAAUUUUUGUCUCUUAGGAGUUAAUUUGUGUGAAAUGAGAUUCUUCCGAAACAGUACAACAUUACAGUUCUUAGAAAUGGUUUUAAACUCUAAGCAAACUCUGACUAUGGCCGAGUACACCUUUAAUUAUAUAGUGUUCUCUUUACUAACCACAGGCAGAUUACCUCAUUGUGGAUUGUCCUUGAGAACUGAGUCCUCAGGGAUGGCUUUCCAGGACUCACUCCUGGGAGCCCCUGAAGAGCUAUUUGCCUUCUCACCAGCGCCAAAGGACAAGGCUGGUGCUUGCUGAGUCAACAGGUGCGAAGCCAGCACAGCACACCAAGGAGUAUGCCCUCGCCAUCCCUGCCCUAGUGUCCGGAGCCAAUUCUUCCUUCCCUGGAGUCAGCCUGGGACACUGGUUCUGUCAUAGUACUCCGCACAGUGCUGGCUGGUUGGCUGGCUGUUUUAUUUCUGAGACUUUUACCAGUGUCAGGAAGUAGGGGAGCCCCCAGAGUUUUAUGGAGUAGAAGAAACAUUUGAGCAGUGAUGCAGCGACAGAGAAAUGGGAAGAGGGCGCUGGUGGCUGAGAAGGGACAGGAUGGAGGCUGUGCUCUGCUUCGUCUGCGGUUGUUUCUCACCCAAGAUUGGCUGGUUUUGGGUUUUUUUUUCAGUCAUACUUUUAAAAUUAUUAUCUCCUCACCUUCCCCAAAUUCCUUUGCCAAUAAAUUCUCAUGUGAUGUUUGAAAAUUCUGUACAGGAGAACAUGGAAAUGUUGUUAAAACAGUGUCAUAUGCCGGGAAACAGUAAAAGUCAGCUAGACAAAUGUUUCUCCGGAUGAGUCCUUUCAUAGCAGCACUUGGUGAUGCAUCCCCACCAGCAAGCCCUGGUUCUGUUCCAGCCGGUCAGUGCAGAAGCGGGCACUGCACACUUGGCCUUCAUCGCGUUUCGCAGCAGCCUGCGCUGUGGAAUACAAGUGUCUGUCAGGACAGUGUAGAGUAGCAGUACGUUCCCUAUGAAAAGCAAAGCAGUAUUAAGGCUCAGUAUUUUACAUAUUUUUAACAUUUCAAAAAUAUUUUUGUUUUAGUAUGGAGAAAGCUGAAUUGGGCGGAAGAAGAUAGAAAUAGUUAUUGUUACAACAUUUAAACAAACCAAGUUGAGGCAAUAUUUCUAUUAAAAAAAAGCCUCUAACAGUGCUGGCAGCAAAGCAUAAUGUUACAAUAGGUCAGUGACUGUAAGAAGAUGAAAUGAUGUAUCAGGAAUAAAACAAUAUUGCAUAGAAGUAUUUUUAUGAAUUUUAUGCCACUUGUUUACACAUACUAUAUAUGUUAAAUAAAAAAGAUCAUGAAAAAUGUA